UUUAGAGGGAAAAGAAAAAGUCCAAAAUGGUACUCUCGGUUGUUCAAACACCGGAAGAAAUAUCAUCUAGUGCAAUUAGCUCGGUCUUUGCCUCUAGAUAUGUUCAAGAUCCCCUGCCAAGGUAUAGAAUGCCUGAAAACACUAUUCCAAAAGAAGUUGCUUAUCAGAUUAUCCAUGAUGAGCUCCAAUUAGAUGGGAAUCCAAGGCUUAAUUUAGCCUCGUUUGUUACAACUUGGAUGGAACCAGAAUGUGACAAGUUAAUGAUAGAAUCCAUGAACAAGAACUAUGUAGACAUGGAUGAAUACCCAAUUACCACAGAGCUACAGAAUCGGUGUGUGAACAUAAUUGCAAACCUUUUAAAUGCUCCGUUGGCUUCAAACAAACAAGCAAUUGGAGUUGGAACAGUUGGGUCAUCAGAAGCGAUUAUGUUGGCAGGACUGGCGUUCAAGAAAAAAUGGCAGAACAAAAGGAAAGCAGAAGGAAAGCCUUUUGAUAAGCCUAAUAUUGUUACUGGAGCAAAUGUGCAGGUUUGCUGGGAAAAAUUUGCAAGAUACUUUGAGGUGGAGUUGAAAGAAGUAAAACUAAGUGAAGGUUAUUAUGUGAUGGAUCCAAAGAAAGCAGUAGAGAUGGUGGAUGAAAAUACAAUUUGUGUAGCAGCCAUUCUUGGAUCCACCUUGACAGGAGAAUUUGAAGAUGUCAAGCUUUUGAAUGAUCUCUUAGCAGAAAAGAACAAGAGGACAGGAUGGGAUACGCCAAUUCAUGUAGAUGCAGCUAGUGGGGGGUUUGUGGCACCAUUUAUAUACCCAGAAUUGGAAUGGGAUUUUAGGCUGCCAUUGGUUAAAAGCAUCAAUGUAAGUGGACACAAGUAUGGCCUUGUCUAUGCUGGGAUUGGUUGGGUUAUUUGGAGGAGCAAUGAAGACUUGCCAGAAGAACUUGUUUUCCACAUAAAUUAUCUUGGAACUGAUCAACCAACCUUCACCCUCAAUUUCUCCAAAGGAUCCAGUCAGAUUGUGGCGCAAUAUUAUCAAUUCCUGCGCAUGGGGUUUGAGGGCUACAAAAGAGUGAUAAGAAAUUGCAUGGAAAAUGCGAAACUUCUUGUAGAUGGUCUAAAACAAACAGGUCGUUUUGACAUUAUCUCAAAGGAAAGAGGACUACCACUUGUUGCCUUCGGAUUCAAAGACACAAACAAAAGCUUGGCCUUUGAAUUAUCAAAAGCCUUGAGACACCAUGGAUGGAUUGUUCCAGCUUACACCAUGCCUGCAAAUGUUGAACACAUGGCCGUCCUCAGGGUUGUAGUUCGUGAGGAUUUGGGAAGACAACUUGUUGAGAAGUUAGUUUCACAUAUAAAUGGUGCAUUGCUAGAGCUCGAUGAAACAACAGAUAUUGUUCCAAAGAUUUCAUUUACUGUAGAAGUUAAGUCAAGUGAUGAAGAUCAGCAUCACGAGUCUAGACAUGAUCAUGAGGGCUCGUUGCAUCUACCAACGACUUCAAUACAUUGGAAGCAAGAUAAACAUGACAGGAUUCAAAAAAAAGUACAUAUAAGUGGUGGGAAAACCAAGGGUGUGUGUUAAAUUUCAUCUCGUGAAUAAGUCUUUUGUGAAAGAUUGGAUGUGUAACAUGGGGUGAUCACCACAUGUGUAAUUCAUUAGGGAAAUACAAAAGAGAUUGUAAAUUUG